AUGGAGGGUAUCGUCUCAAAUGCUCCCUUGGAUGACAUGAUGGACUUGGACACGGAGAUGGACCAUCAGUUUGUCCGCGUUGCAGCAAAACAGACUAUACCGUCAAAAAGUUCAAAUGUUUCGAAAGCAAGCAACGGGCUAUUUAUGACAGGAAAGGGAGAGAAAUCGUCUUCAAUGAGCACGAACCAGACUCAAGCUGCUCAACAUCCGCUUUGUAGCACUAGCCAAGUCUCUCGUCCUGGACAAGCAGAGAAGACUCAAAGCUUACGACUUCCUUUGAGACCGAGAAACAAUCCGAGAAGCCCACCAACUAGCAAAUCCUCAAACAGAAAACAAGCAAAUGGCGAUGGGAUGGAAUUGGACAUCGAAAGGCCAAGAAUGCCGGUCCAAAGUCUAUCUUGACACAGAGCCGUCAUUCCGCAGCCAGGUAGUUUGACAGUGCUAAAAUUAAACCUUGAUUUCGAUACCGCCUCCACAACCUCCUUGUACCUCGACCAGUCUGGAAACAAACAAGAAAACAUAGACGAUUCUUUUCUUAAGGUUGUUCAACAAGAAACUGUUUUGCGGAAGGAAAUACUCAUCACGGUGUGUUAUCAAUGCCCAACGAAAGAAACGAGUCGGCAAGGAUAUGGCCCUCAAUUGUUCAACGUGGUACCUUUCUAUGAGCUCGACUAUAAGUUUUGGACUUUCAGAUAUUUUCGUGAGGGCUGGAGAAAGUCGGAGGUCUUGAUGGACGGCAGUGCUUUGAAGAGUCGAAUUUUGACGGCAGCGAGAGAUUGGAACAAGUCCAAGAAAGGCAAGCAGGCAUGA